CGGAAGUGUUCAUUGACAAUGACCUCCAAUUUGUGUGUGUUGAGAAUGUGUUUGUCCUGUACGUGAGGCCCAGUUGUAAGCAGUAAACAAGCAUCAUGUUGAGGUUCAGGCACUAUGAGACACCUAGAAAACUAGCCCUAUAUCCUGGGGCAGGACAGCCUGGUCGUAUCAGAAGGCUCAAAGAAUUAGUCUCUGGGCUGAUUCGCUAUGAAAGAGUGGAACCUCUAUGGAGUCAUGCUGAUGAAGCUCGACAAUACAUAGAAAGGCUGAUUUACCUAGCUGUAAAAAAUGGUGAUCAACAUAAAGAGACUAUGGAUAUUGCAAACUUUUGGCUAGAGGAGAAAGACUUGGUGCAUAAACUUUUCAAAGUGCUGGUACCGCGAUACAAAGGUUAUAAAACCUGUGUCACAGAUCUGCAUAAGUUAGCAACUCGGUACCCAGGCUCAGGAGCAGCAUUGGGUGUUUUAGAGUUAAGAGGUAAUCCCUAUCCACCCAUCAUACCACACCAGAGGGACAUGAGAUACACCCUGUCCAACAUGCUUCUAUCAGCCGCAAGACAUGACUUUUACGCAGCAAAGCAAACUACUGCCAAAACCACUGCUGCAGCCAAACAGAGACCCGCUACAACUUCAACAACAAAUAGUACAAAAUCUUCUUCUGUAGACCCUCCAUCAGAACCAGCUGAUCAAAGAUAGUUUUCAUUAUUUUUAUUUUUUUUUUACUUUAUGGGCAUAACAUUAGCUGUUAUUGUAUUCUUGCUGUUUAGUGUUAUCUUGGAAGAUGUUUGGUUUUUUGUGUUAAGUGUAUUCAAAAUGAAACCUGAGAUCAAAUGAAUGAAAAUCUGGUGAUAGUUGUACCAGGACACAAAUUGUUUACAUUUUCCAAACACCAAUCAAUAAUAUUUUGACCAUCUAUUUGAUAAGUGUGUUGUAUCAAAGCAUGUGCUUUUGUAAUUAAAUAAAUGACAGAAGUUUU